AUGGUCAUUCAUGAGGAAGCUACAGCCAGCCGUGACUUCCUCUUCAAGCUCGAGAUUGCCAUUUCUCCGACAUGCCAUCCACAACUCACCAGGACCGGCGCAAUCCCAUUAUACAUGUUGUUGAUGUGUCAAGCAAGGCAUGGCGGCCAAGUCACUGCGUGCAUUUAUGAAGACCGGCGACACUGCAUCGCGCAUCACAACAUGCACUGGCGCUAUUCAUAUGGAAUUAUCCAAAUAAAAUCUCACCAAGGAUCAAGUGAGUACGCCGACAACAGCUCUCAGCUCCAUGCUGCAGGUCCAGUCUCGAGAGGGCAGAUACAUAUCGCUCCCGUGGUCAUCGACCUGGGCAGUUCGAACCAAUCCGAACAGGCCUGCGUUAGUCGAGUCGGAGCUGUUGCUGUUGGAAGACACGAAUCGUGCGAUGGUAGGUCUCCCCUGGUAUUGGACCUUCAAUGGAGAUGGAUCAUAGGCCUCCUUCCGGACAUGUUCGCGGCUUGA